AAACUGGAUUUCUGUGCUUCCAAAACUGUUGAUCACUUCCUGUGUGACACUUCUGUCCUGCAGCUGUCUUGCACAGACACACGUUUAAUAGAGUUAAUGGCUUUUGCCUUAGCUGUGAUGACCCUCAUCAUCACCUUGAUCUUAGUGAUCUUCUCCUACACACUCAUCAUCAAAACCAUCCUAAAGUUCCCAUCAGCUCAACAACGGAGAAAAGCCUUUUCCACCUGCUCCUCACACAUGAUUGUUGUCUCCAUCACUUAUGGCAGCUGUAUCUUCAUGUACAUGAAAACAUCAGCCAAGGAGAGGGUGACUUUAAACAAAGGUGUGUCUGUACUCAACACUUCUGUGGCUCCUUUGCUAAACCCAUUCAUUUACACCCUAAGGAAUCAGCAGGUGAAGGAUGCUUUCAAACAGGUCCUUCACAGAUUGUGUUCGAAAACCCAUGAGACAAGAUUUAGACAUAAAUGA